UUGCUGGAACUGUAGUCAGUAAGUGUGAAAAUGGCGACAAGUAGUGGAAGGGUUAGUACUGAACCUCCACCUUAUGGAUGUCACAGUGCACAGCCUGACCCAAUUAAUGCAUUAUACCCAAUGGUUAAUGAAGACGAAACACCCCUCCCUCGAUCCUGGAGUAGCAGGGAUAAAUACAGCUUCAUUGGGUUGUCACAAAAUAACCUACGAGUCCAUUACAAGGGUCAUGGAAAGAAUCACAAAGAUGCAGCUAGUGUACGUGCAACAAAUCCUAUUCCUGCUGCAUGUGGUCUAUAUUACUAUGAAGUGAAAAUUGUCAGUAAAGGCAGAGAUGGGUACAUGGGCAUUGGUCUUUCAGCACAAGGGGUAAACAUGAAUCGUUUACCGGGCUGGGACAAAAAUUCCUUUGGCUAUCAUGGGGAUGAUGGCCAUUCUUUUUGUUCAUCUGGCAGCGGUCAUCCAUAUGGACCCACAUUCACGACGGGUGAUGUUAUAGGCUGUGGUAUCAACUUAAUUGACAAUGUAUGUUUCUACACAAAAAAUGGCCAUUAUUUAGGUGUAGCAUUUACUGAUUUACCGUCAGAGUUGUACCCAACAGUAGGAUUACAAACACCUGGAGAAGUUGUUGAUGCUAACUUUGGCCAGGCACCUUUUGUCUUUGAUAUUGGAGAAAUGAUGCGGGAGCUACAGAGUAGAGUACGGAUGACAAUCCAGAAUUUCCCCGUCCCAGAUACAUAUGGACAGUGGCAAACAACACUCCACAGAAUGGUUUCAACAUAUCUCGUCCACCAUGGGUAUUGUGCUACAGCGGAAGCUUUUGCCAGGUCCACUAGUCAAGAUUUUGAUGAGGAAAUAACCUCUAUAAAAAAUAGGCAAAAGAUCCAGAAAUUAGUAUUAGGGGGGCGAAUGGGUGAAGCCAUUGAAACUGUUCAACAGCUAUACCCAGGUCUUUUAGAGAACAAUCACAAUUUACUGUUUAUGUUAAAGGUGCGUCAGUUUAUAGAAAUGGUAAAUGGAACAGACACAGAAGUUCGAGGCUUGUCCAGAUCGCCCUCUCGGCCGCCCACUCACGAGUCCUCUCCUUCUCCAUCCUGUUGGUCAAACAACAGAACAGAACCAGUGCCUGGCACAUCAUCCACUCCUCCCCUCUCUUCUUCCACAUCCACAACACCUAUCAUUCAGCAGCACACAUCAGUCAUCCAGUCCACCAAGAACGUCAUAGGUAGUGGGACGCCUACGUCCACAUCAGCUACAACCGAGGAGCUCAAUCAGCGCAAUGCUCAGGAUCUCCGUGCCACAACCCCGCCCAGUGCCUCAAAUGGCACCACACCUGUUAUUCAUCCUCCGCCAGCAUCUGGUUCUUCGUCGUCUUCAUCUUCAUCAUACAAUUCAUCAUCUAAUAUGCAUGAUAGUGACACAGAAAUGGAAUGCAUGGAAACUUCUCAUCACCAUUUACAGGAAACUAGUAAUGGUCAUGGAGACACCAGUCAAAGUAAUGGGUUUUCUAAUGGUUUCACAAAGCAUAUUGAUGAUAUGCAAGAAGAUUGUGAGGAAGCAAUGGAACUUGACGGGAAUUCCAGCAGUAGAAAAAUGUGUGGUGGAAAUCCAGUUGCUGUAGAACGUAUGUUGGCCUUUGGGAGAGAGGUUCAGCAUAUGAGUCAGGUGCUUCGAAGAGAAUUAGGGAAAAAUGAACAAAAUAAGAAGAUGCUUCAGAAUGCUUUUAGCCUUCUUGCAUAUACUGAUCCAUGGAACAGUCCGGUAGGUUGGCAGUUAGAUCCUCUACAACGAGAACCAGUUUGUCAGUCCUUAAACUCAGCAAUUUUAGAGUCUCAUCAGUUACCAAGAAGACCUCCCCUUGAGAUCUGUGUGGCACAUACCAAACAGCUCAUCAAACUCAUGUCUCGUUCGGGUCUUGGAUCGUGUGCCUUUGCUAGCGUGGAUUCAAUACUUGGAAGCCAGCAGUGACAGUCCAUGAGCAGGCCCUUGACUUCCUUCUCAGGGGCCUCCAAGCAUUAUAUCUCAUAUUUUGGUCUGAAUUCUAGAACUUUGUUUGGGCGUUGCUGUACCAAAUCCAGAUCACAGUUAGUCAGUGAUAUGUUUUGGAAACAGUGAAAUCACUGCUUAAACACUGACUGGAUGUGGCAAGCUCAAGUGACUCUAGAAUUUGGAACUGUAAUAUUGCUCCGGCGUCAGGGAAUUGCUUCAAAGACCUCAGUCAAUUCAAAGUGAAGGAUAGCCUUUUCCUUUUUGGACAACUGAAGGUUUUGUAAAUAUGCCAAUUGUUGUUUUUUUGACUGUAGUCAGCCACCCAAGCUCUCUCUCUGUGUAAUGAAAUGUUAUGAGGAUAAUGGUUUAUUGUAUUAAUAUACUUAUGAAGUACAAUAUGUAUGAGAAAUCCCUUGGAAUUGGUUCUGUAGCAAGCGACUGUGAUGUCUGCUAGCAUGCGAUGUUCCUGGGUAUUUAUUAUAGGAUGAAAAGUCCUUGAUAGAAGACAGUGACAGUUAUUUUGGCAUGAAGUGGAUUGUUUAAUAUUUGAGUACUGUAAUAUGACAUUUGGUUAAUGUUCAUUUAAGGAUUUUUUUUUUCUUGAAUUUCAAGUAUUUUUUACUGAGGUACUGUUUUAUGUCUGCUUUGAAGCACAGAUUUGUAUUUGGUGAUGCAGUAAGAAUGCAGUCUUUAAAAUAUUUUAAAGUUAACAGAUGUGUAGGAAUAAUGAUCAUUAGGAAACCUAGAAGUGCAUUUGAAAUUAGUUCUAUUUUUAGUUAAGAUUGCUUCGCCAGUUUAAAAAUUUCAGUAUUAGAACCUUUUUGUCUGUAUCAUUACUUGUUGUGGUGACAAAGAGCUGUAAUCACAAGUGCUCUAGGCCCAGUCAGAUGUUUAUGAAGUAAAUAAUUUUGAGCUUUCCCUUGCAGAUUAACCAACUCGGUGACUUUAAAAAUACAUUUAAUCAUGUGCUGUGUUUUUGGCAGAAAGAUGGAAAUUCUAGGAAGUGGUUAUGUGAUCUGGCUUUUUAAACAGAGGGAAAAGGACAUUGGUUAGUAUGGGCUUUUGAUCUCUUAAAUAUAGGGGUGUCUAUAUUCUUCAGUUGUCAAUUGAUCUCGCCAAGUUAUGAGUGCAUGCUGGUAUAGUUUGGUGCAUAAAAUCUAAAAUAUGUAUACUGUAUUUUGAAUAACUUUAUUCUCCAGGUUGGGUAAGUAGAUGAUGGGUUGACAUUGGACCAAUGCUAAUUUGCCAUCAAAAUAGUGAGAGUGCCCCUACUGCUUUUACCCCAUUUUUGUUGUGAAUGGGUUCUCCUCAUCAAACUUAUGGAGAAGCAAAGGGAUGAAAAGCAGUUUUGUUCCAGCCUAAAUAUGGAUAGUCACUAAAUUUCUAUCAGAAUGUUUUUGUUGGACAUGAAAGUUAAUUUAUCCUUUCAUAUUUCCACGGCAGUUUUGAUGCAGUCCUGAAGGUGGCAGAUAUUCACAUUUUUUUUUUGGUAACGUGAGUAAUUUUGUGCCAACAAAGGGUAGAAUUUAUGAGUCCAAAUACGAAGCAAACAAUAGAAGAAAGUAAGGAAACUUGCAAUUAACAAUUUCCUUGUCUCACUUCUAUAUCCAGUUCAGAUUAUUUUCCUUAAUUAUCCAAAGUAGUACAGGUAGACCUUCACUAAUCUGACACUAUUUGUACCUGAGGAACAUUGGAUUAGUAAAACUUCUGAGUGAUAGAAUUAUCUCUACACAUAAUAGCCAAACACGUCAUCAUACCAUUAAAAUUUCACGUACAUUAUGUACCAUACAAUUUUGACCCCAGCCCCAAUUGUAGUAUGCUAUACAGUAUUUUGUAUCAGAUCAUUUAACAAUAAUUUACCCAAAGUAAUAGCAUAAGCUUUUAACAUAAUAAAUACAUAUAAUUUAGUACUUUUAUAAGUUAUUAUUUCAAGUUAUAAUUAUAUGCACUUAAAAAUCAAUAACAAUAAUUUUUUUUUUUUUUUUUUUUUUU